ACAUGCUUGGAGUUCUUCCGAUUGAGCCGUCAUCGGAGUAUACCCAAUCACAGGCCUAUCCACCAACGCAGAUUAUUCCACGUCUGACUCCGUCAGAAGCAAGCAUUCAGCAAGCAUCUCUACUACAAAGAAGCAUUGAUCAAUCGGGAAACGGGUUUUCACAUCAAUCUUCUCAGGUGGAAAUUAAUGAGCAACCGCAAUCUCAA